AUGCAGCCAUUACUGCCGACGAAAGAAGCUGCAGAUCUGCACCCGCACCAGUCCUCCCCACCGGCCGUUGAGCCCGUUGAGCCGUCCGCCUGGAAACGGCGCGCGCUUGGCCUGGUUGCCGUUGGACUGGUCGCCUGCUAUGGCAUCGCCCAUCUUUCGCCGUGUCACACCAAAGUCGAUCCCGUCGAGCAGGUCCUGCAGCUGCAGCCGUUGACUGACGGCCACAAUGACUUUGCGGAAUUCAUCCGCAGCUACUACAACAACCACAUCUACCAGAGCAAUUUCUCCGACAAGAUCGAACUGCCCGGCCAGGUCGACUUUCCCCGUCUAGAGAAAGGCCGCGUCCGGGGCCAAUUCUGGAGCGUCUAUGUCGCAUGCAAUGAAAGCUCCCCAUCCCCCAAUUACGAAUACAUCCACGACACCUUGCAGCAGAUCGACCUCAUCCACCGCCUCGCAACCCUCUACCCCGACCAUCUCACCCUCGUCCCCAACACCACCGCCUUCCUGGACAUAUUCAAAACCUCCACCACCCGCAUCGCCUCCUUCCUCGGCAUCGAGGGCCUCCACCAAAUCGGCUCUUCCGCAUCCACACUCCGCCUCUACCACUCCCUGGGCGUACGCUACGCAACCCUCACGCACUUCUGCCACAAUGAAUACGCAGACAGCGCAUCCCCAGCCCAGCCCCUCCACCACGGCCUCUCCUCUGCAGGCCGCCACAUGGUCCUCGAAAUGAACCGCCUCGGCAUGGCUGUUGAUCUUGCGCACGUCAGCGCUAAGACUAUGCACGAUGCCCUAGAUACGAGCAAGGCACCGGUCCUCUUCUCCCAUUCCUCUGCCUAUGCCCUGUGUAACCACCCGCGCAAUGUCCCUGACGAUAUCCUGCACCGUCUUGCUGAGAAUGGCGGCGUCGUUAUGGUUACGUUUUUCCCGGAGUAUACGCGCUGCAGCAGCAGCGAGGGCGGCAGCGAACGCGAUGAUCCGGAACCCGCAACGCUCUCAGACGUCGCUGACCAUAUCCAGUACGUGGGUGAUAUGAUCGGGUAUAAGCACGUCGGACUCGGGUCGGACUUUGACGGGAUGGGAGAGGCCGUGCGUGGGCUGGAGGAUGUAAGCAAGUACCCUGAUUUGAUUCGGGAGUUGUUGCGGCGGGGUGUGGGUGUGGAGGAUGUUGCUGGUGUUAUCGGGGGGAAUGUCCUCCGGGUUAUGCGUGGGGUUGAGGAUGUUGCGGCGGAGAUGGUUGAGGAGGGGGUGAGGCCUUUGGAGGAUUAA